ACGGAGGGAAAGAGGGAGAAGAAGAGGAGGAGGUUGAAGGGGUGGGUCUAUAUAAGAGCAGCUGCCUCCAUCCUCCACGUAGCCAGAGAAACCACGCUGAGACUGAGGCAAGGAAUCAUAAGCUGAGGAAUCUGCAAGGAACCCCCCCCCCUCCCCCACAGGCGGCCACAAUCUCACACCCUGCACAGCAGACGGCGGAACCAUGAGGACCAUAGUGGCUCUGCUGCUCCUCUGUCUGUGCGAUCCAGGACGCAGUGACUGCCAGACAGACUGCCUGUCCUGCAGCAAAAUUCUGCCCAAACAGCUCAGUUUCAACACUGUGGUGUGUCUCGUUGAGUGCAAAAGAAUCGUCUCUCCUUCUUUCUCCUGGGACAUCUGCCGUAAAGCACUGCCUUCUUCUUCUUCUUCCCUCGAUGCCACCGUGAGAAAAAGAUCACAAGAAGAAGCUGAUGUUCGACUUCCAGAGGAGGAGGAGCAAAUGGACGGGGACCUGUUACUGCCCAUCGCGUUACAGAGAUUCAACCAUGUGACCCGGGCGCUCGACCUUAACGACAGGGGCCUGGUUAGCAAUAACGGCCAGCUGAGCACGCUCUACGGUUCCCAGGAUGCCCUGUCACUCGCCAACGAGUACGAGGAAGAGGAAGCAGAGCAAGAGGGAGAGGAUGCUGGCGCGGCAGCAGCAGGGCAGGAUGAUCCAGAGCUGAGCGUCUCCAAGAGGUUCGGCGGCUUCCAGAAAGGAAGACAUGGCUACAGAAGGUUGAUGUCUCCCGGAAGGUCGUACCAGAAGAGGUAUGGGGGGUUCAUCGGCAUUCGAAAGUCGGCCCGCAAGUGGAACAACCAAAAACGCUUCAGCGAGUUCCUGAAGCAGUACCUGGGCAUGAGCACCCGGGCCACUGAGUUCAACAGCGUUUCAGAUGACCUUGCCCAGCAGAAUGAAGUUUGAGGGUGUGCACCUUUAAGGCCCUGCCAUGAAAGAAUCACCGGAUGUGUUUAAAGUUGUCAACAAUAAAGAUGGCAACAAUAAAGUCACACAAUUAAGUUCAUAAAAAAGGUAAAACCACAAUUUAAGACUCACGUCCUAGUCCUCAUUGUACCAAAAAAUAUGAAUAGCUUUCCUUUUUUUAUUUCUGUAUAAAAUAAAUUCUCUUCCUAAGCGUUUUCCAUCUCCAGCACAUUCUUGUUGCAAUGAGCAACCUAAAUUACUUUAGAAAUUACUUUACAUGUCUCAUAAAGCAUGCAGAAAUAUCCGAAAAGUGGAAUUGGAUUUAACUAUUCCCCAGGCCAGUAUAAGUAUGAACACAAAAGAAAACUAGGCAUGGAAAAAUAUGUUUCCCCAAUGCAUCCAACCCUAUGUUAAUCAGUCAUCCACCAUUCUGCCCGUCAGCAGCCCAUCCUCCUUCUUUCCAGUCUCUGGAUAAAUGUAUACUUUAAACAAGGACAGGGACAUCUGGAAAUUUGAGGCUGGGAAAGAGUGAAACUUGUGUAGGAGGCCAGAGUUUAGCGAAUUAGCUAUUGAGGCUCCUCCCCUUUUCAAAUUUGAAAAUAACUAAAUUAAUCAAAAACAUUUCUGUGGCACUUACACAGAUUUUGUUUUGCAUUUUUCCCCCACAUGAGUAUUUUGACAUGAAAAUUUUAACUUUCUUUUUUGUAUGUCGCCAUCUAGUGGACAAAUACUUAUAGCAGCCCGAUGUGAAUUGUAAUGUCUUCUUGUUUCUUUUCCUAUCCUCUUUCUCGUUCAUAUUCUGGUCUCCUGGUGAUUUGAGCUUUAGUAGUGAUGUGUCUGUAUGUGAUUUAUGUUGAAUAAAUGAUCCUGUAUAAAUCCAUACUUACAUUUUGUUGGUUGAUAUCUCCUUCAUAAGACUCCUGAUGCAGAUAUAUCAAAGUAAUUUGACUUAAACACUCCAGACAGCAUGCAGCAUUCAGUACUCAGUCGUGCACAGCCGAGCAUAAUCUUUGACAACCUCUUGUGUUUGAAUACUUGUGUGUGAAAAAAAAUUGUCUCUGAACUGUACUGAUGUAAAAUGUGUCUGUUGGCCAGGAAGCAGGUCUUGUAAAUAGCUGAAUUUAAACAUGUCAAUAAAUAUAGUUUACUAUUUCCUUCGUGGCUUGUCAUGCAGCAACUGA